AGGAUGGUGAACUCCAGUGUGGUGACCCACUUCACGCUGGGAGCCUACACUGACCUGGGGCCUGUAAAAUGGCUGUACUUUCUGCUCAUAUUGACCACGUACGUUCUGGUCCUUGUGUCCAACGUGCUCCUCAUUGUGGUCAUCUGCCUCAACCGAACCCUCCACGAGCCCAUGUACGUGCUUCUCUGUAGUUUAUUUCUGAAUGAGAUUUGGGGGAGUUUUGCGGUUUUUCCUAUGCUUUUAGUGCAAAUCCUCCGUGAUGUCCACACCAUCACCUUUACGUUUUGUUUCUUACAGAUUUUCUUCGGUCACUUCUAUGGUUCUGUAGAGUUUGUGGUCCUCGCGGUCAUUACAUACGAUCGAUAUCUGGCUAUAACCUUCCCUUUGCAUUAUAAAGCUCGUAUGACCUCGGCCAGAGUCCUGCUCCUCUUUAUAUUCCCCUGGUUCUACUCUUUUGUCUUGAUUCUAACUUUAGUUCUUUUGACACUUUCUUUAAAACUGUGUGGAGGGUACAUUCCUAAAGUCAUCUGUAAUAACUACUCAGUAGUUAAACUUGCAUGCUCUGAUACUUCCGUCAGCAACAUCUACGGGCUCCUCAUCACGAUCUUGUCUGUUUUUGGACCUUUGAUUUUCAUGUUUGUGAGUUAUGUGUGCAUUCUAAAAGUGUGUUUUCGAGGCUCGUCUCAAACACGGCAGAAAGCGCUCAGCACCUGCACGCCGCACCUGGCCUCUGUCAUAAAUUUCUCGUUCGGAGUGUGUUUUGAGGUGUUGCAGAGCCGCUUUGACCUACAGAGUGUGCCCAACGUGAUCCGAGUGCUCUUGUCUCUUUAUUUUCUUGUCAUUCAGCCGCUGUUCAACCCUCUGAUCUAUGGACUGAAGCUGUCCAAAGUGAGGACGCUGUGUCUACAGCUGCUGCGUUCUGCUGUCACCACUGAGCUUCAAUAA